CUUGUUGUCUCAAUACCGAAACCAAGCGUAUAGUAGCAUUCGUUUAGCCAUGACAUUGUUGUUGGCAAAAAGAUCAGUAAAGUAAGAUCAGUUGAGACAGUUGCUUUCGUGCUGUUCAGUGGGCUUAGCGAGCUGACGCGGGUUAUCUAUCUACUUUAUCGCAACAUCGGCGCGCGAUUUUUAAUUAACAUGACACGAUCAUUUUAAAUAAAUAAAUAAAUAAGGCCGUAUGUUAAACAUGGCCGAAUCGGGAAUAGAUCUCGGCUAUGACUUGUCGGCUUUAUUGACUGACGACUUUGAUAUUGAAAGUGCCAUUGAUUUCGAUGACUUACUGGGAACUCCAAAAAAUCAGGAAUACUAUCAGCUGACUUCGAAAACUAUGCCAGUCUCCGAAAGUACCCCCAAUCUCAAAACCACCACACCCCAAACACGCACACAACUAAAACUCCAACUAAUGCGAGACCAAGCGAUCCUAGAACAGCAACGACAAGCAGAAGAAAGACAGCGUCAGCAAGAGCGUAUGAAACAAAGCCAAAGACCACCACCGGCACCAGUGAAGGUACCGCUGCACUCACUUGCUGUAGACGUACCACCGCAGGUUCUGGAGGUUCAGACCAAACUGGAAAACCCUACGAGGUACCAUGUGAUGCAAAAGCAGAAAAGUCAAGUUAAACAGUACCUCAGCGAGUCUUUCCAAGGGCCAUAUCACCCAGCGUUCCUACCAUCUGACUACCAAAGAAAGAUUGAUGUUAAUCACACCCACAGCGCACCACCGGGGGUUGCACCUCAAACUACCCUUGCUACAAACGGGCAUGUUCAAUCUCAACCCUAUCAUGCUCAAGUUUCACCUAACUAUGACAUACCUUCAAUGUCACCCGCUUUAAGUUCUGGGGCUACCAGCGCUUCUGAGGCUGAAGAACUGAUAGAUGACCUGCUGUCGUUGGAAUCCAGUUCGCUUGCAUCAGACAGUUUUAAGACAUCUGACAGUUCCUUAACUAAUGACAUUAACAUUAAGAAUGAGCCAUAUUUACUUAGCGAGGCGGAGAUACAUGCCAUCCAGAAAGAUCGACAGAAAAAAGACAACCAUAACAUGAUUGAACGUCGAAGACGGUUCAACAUAAAUGAUCGAAUCAAAGAGCUCGGGACCCUCCUCCCGAAAACCAACGACCCUUACUACGAAAUCGUGAGGGACGUGAGGCCGAACAAGGGUACGAUCCUGAAAUCGUCCGUUGAAUAUAUAAAAUGCCUGAAAAGUGAGGUGAUGCGACUGAAACAGACAGAAGCGAGACAAAAACAGAUGGAGAACAUGAACAGGCGGCUACAGCUACGAGUACAGGAAUUGGAGCGGCAAGCGAAAUCUCAUGGUCUCCCAGUGUCGGACUUUAAUUGGCAGAGUUUAUCCCUGAACAAUAACCCUUCGCCUUACAACUCGUAUUCCAGCAAUCCAAGUCUGGACUCGAGCUUAGACCACGGGUUAGAUCACAAGUUGGAGCACGCCCUGGACGCGAAUUUGGAUCACCUGGAUCACUCGCAACCCCCCUCGGUCACUGCGAUCAUGUCGCCGAUAUUUACGGAUCACUCAAGUCGAAAGUUUUCCUUUCAGAUGCCAGACGUGAUAUCGGACGCGACUUUAAGCUUAGCAGCAGCAAUGGAAGAGGGAAUGGACGACGAUGAUCUCGUGUAUAGCGUGAACAGUGACCCGAUGCUAUCCUCCCCCAAUGCCCUCAAUGGUGAUGCUUUUCUAGUGAGAAACGUAUCACCUGUGCCUAGAUCUGGCGAUCCUCUGCUGUCAGAAGAACGCAUCCCCACACCCACCCCUACCAGUCAUAUUGAUGAUACUGGAGACACCUUAGACAUUGAUAUGAUAGCAUGAUCUCAGUCUCACCGUUUGGUGAGAUCUAGAUUAUAGCUGUUCAUAUAGCGAAUUUAAAUGUUCAAAGCCUGCUCUUGUUUUCAUUAAUGUUACCAUACCAUCGUGUUAUACUAGAUUAUUUAUUACCAAAAAGUUAUUCUUUAAGUUAAAUGGUAUGCAGGGUGUCAAUGGUUAAAAAGGAGUCCAUAGGUUAUUAUCAAUUUUGUAGUGCUCCAUAUAUCCAUAUCAAGAUUUGCCAGUAUAAGUUUCUUUCCAGUGUAACUUUUUUAUAUUAAUUUAGCAUUGCAGACAAAUGAUUUUAUUGUGGUUUAAGGCAUCAAUCCAGAUAGCACAGACCAUCCAGUGAAAUGUCCAAAUACAUUACCGGUGACCUAUAUUAAUAUUUAGUGGAUAUACAAAUUUUGGCAUGAAUAAGUGUUUACUUAGUCGAUAUUUAGUGUUUUACUUACGUAAUUUUUAAGAAGGAAAUUAAUAGAGUUUUAUGAAACUACUUACAAUUAAGUAGUAGUUGGUAGUAGUCAAGACACAAAACCGAUGUAGGAAAUAAUUACAUAUUCAAAAUUCUGCUUGAUUGAACAGGAUUUAAUUAGAUUUAUCGCUUGGUAUCCAAACAAUAUUCACCACCGGAUAGGUUUUUGCUUGUUUUAAAAAAUAUGCGUGCUUUAAACAUUCAACAUAAAAUAUGAGAUCUAUGCACCAUUUAUUACUGCCAAGCAAAGCUAAUCUAACCAUAUCUCUUAAUAUCCAGGAUUGGAGUCAAUCAAUUAUCCACAAAUAGUGUCCAAAUUAUUUACAUGAGUGUGUCACGAUAUUUAAUGGAUAUCCGCCGGAUAGGUUUGUGCGAUCUGGAAAAGAAUUGUGGUUAUAUGACAUCUACUGUUAAAUUUACAAACUUAUAAUUAAUAACUACCUUCUCGAAAUAAUAAUGUCACUCUAAAAUAAAUUUGAAAUCAAAAGAUACAACCAGCAAAUGACACUUAAGGGUUAGUGUUAAAAUUUGCAUAACAUGAGGAAAUACCUGCAUCUUCUACUAAAUCUUGACGCUUAUGUUCACUAAUUUUUAUUCUAGACUUGAAUGCAGGUUCAAGGGUCAGUGAUAUGUCCCGAUCUGUUUUGACCAUAAUUUCUGAAAAGUCUGCCUGAGAAUACGACGUUUUAUAAAAAACUGUAAAUAGAUCUUUUUUUCCAAUUUUUAGAAUUCUGAUGUCCAUGAAACAUAAUGGGAAGAAUCCCCAGAUAGCACCCUUUAAGCCAUUAAAGUCUCUUAUUGGCAACUGAAUAUCUUGAUUUUUAUUUGCUAAAAAUGUUGUAAUUAUUGAUUUAUAGGAUACUCCCAGGGCUCUUUAAGCAACUACUGAAAAAAUUAUUGAAAUUUGUACACUAAAAAUCAAAUUAUUGAUAUUUUUCUCACUGGAGUGCCUGGAAGAAAUAAAAUAAUUUGUCUCUUAUUCGCAAGUAAAUAUCUUCAUUUAUAGUGGCUAAAAUAUUGUAAUUAUUGAUUUCUAGGAAACUCCUAGGGCUCUUCAAGCAACCACUGGAAUUAUUGAAAUCCAUACACUAGAAAUCAAGAUAUUGAUAUUUUUCUCACUGGAGUGCCUGGAAGAAAUAAAAUAAUUUGACUCAUAUUGACAACUAAAUAUCUUGAUUUCUAAUAGCUAAAAUAUUGUAAUUAUUGAUUCCUGGGAUACUUCAAUCAUUCUUUUACUUGAAGCAAAUUUUGAAAAAAUAGCUAAAAUCCAUAUACUAAAAAAUCAAGAUAUAUUUUUCUCACUGGAGUGCCUGGAAGAAAUAAAAUAAAUUAUCUCUUAUUGAAAAUGUUGUAAUUAUUGAUUCCUGGGAUACUCCAAUGGCUCUUUCAGCACAUCUUGAAAAAAUUACUAAAAUCCAUAAACAAAAUAAAUAUAAUAAUAUCCUUGUCAAUGUUUUUUAUGUAAACAUUGCUUUUUUUAAAAUUAUGUAUAAUUUUGACAUUUAACUGUACUUUUGUUAAUUUUUGUUGUACCUUUUGAUUUUGACGUACCUUUUCUUAUUUUAAUGUAUCUCUCAUGAAAAAAUUAAUUUUAGAGUCUAAUGAUAAUUAGUAAACUCAUCGAAAUCCAUUACUAAAGAUUAAAAGAUUGACAUUUUCAUUUGUGGAGAAAAAUCUUCCUGCCCUUUCUAACCCGCUAUAAGAAUUUAAGUCAUAUCGAUUUAAAAUUAUGGUACUUUUUUCGAGCAUACAUAUAUAUGGAAAUGAUCUGAAACUGGUGGAGUAAAAAAACAAAUUCAAGAUCGGCACAUUCGGACCAUGCUUUAGAUGUAUGUUCCUUAUACCUCAGUAAGCAAGAUCCUAUCUCAUUUGUUCCUCGAUUAUCAGAUCAUAUCAUUUUAUUCUUUGUUGAUAAAAUUUAAAACAUUUAAUUUAGAUUUGAAUUAAGUAGAAAAGAGACACAUUUCCCUUGAGGUUCAACCACAGCAACUACAUAGUUGUCGAUAUUUUUGUAUAGCUAUUCAAUCGAUAUAUCAACUGUUUUUAUACUUUAUGUAUAAAAUGCAGUUUUAUGAGUUAUGACGUUCUUCUAUAAAUGAAGCGAUAUAUCAAAUUAAUGAUUAACAUCAUUUAAAAAAUUUUGCAGUGGUGUAGAUACUGGGACUUCUGGGACUACUAAAAAAAAAAUCCCUGACAUGCAGAUUUAUGAAUUCAAUCUUGAUCUCUUUUGAAGCCAUUGGAAGAAAUAACUGAUUUUUUCAAUGAAAAAUAACUUAUCUUUACAGAAAUUUAUGUUAUUUGUUUUAUAUUGAUCGAUAAUACACCCAAUUGAACCCUAAUCUUUAUUUCUAGAAAAUAAUUCACCAAAAAAUCAAGAAAAUUAAUUAAAAUGGAAAAAAUCAGUGAUUUAAACCUGUUCAACCUUGUCACGACAAAAACACCAAAACUGGUUUCAACUAAAUUAAAUUUAAGGCAAGAGUAAUAUGUUUAAUUGUCGAUUAACAUCAUCUAAAAUGAUGUUUGCAGUGGUGGAGAUACUGGGACUUCUUUGCUGCAUAAUCUUUUGCUCCCACUGGAUAUUUUAAAAAUAAAUUUCUUGACUUUCAGAUUUAUGACUUCAUUCUUGAUCUCUUUUGAAGCCAAAACUCUUGAACAAUAACUGAUUUUUUUAACGAAAUCGUGCUUUUUUAUUUAAAAAACUUUAUUUUAAAAACAUAGAUCACUUGAUUGAACUCUUCUCUCUAUUUACUUAUUAAGAAAAUAAUUCACCAAAAAAUCAAGAAAAUUAAUUUAAAUAGAAAAAAUCGUCAUUUUGACUUGUCACUACAGACACCAAACUGGUUUCAACUGAGUUCACUUUAAGGCUAAAAUUUGCUUUUCUGCAACCAAAGAAAAAACCCAUGCCGCACGUUUUGCAUUAGUAUUUUGCAUUACUGUGUUCUAUCUUACUGUGACAAACUUUUAACCUGAAUCACCCUGUAUAACCUCAACUUAUGGUGGAUCUAUAAACUGGACGUCGUGGGUGACGUUUUUUUUUUAACAAAUGUUCUAGUAUGAUUUUCAAAAAAAAAAAAAUAAGAUCAGGCAAAAAAGUAGUUGAGUUAUUACAUAGAAUACCGACAGCUUUUCUAGGAAGUCUGCUUAAUCUGAGUUAACUUAACGUUUUAGUUUCGUAAUCGUCAGUUUAACUUUCGUAAGAGUUUACAUGAUUUUAUUAUUACUAUUAUUAUUGUCCCAGAGCUGGACCUGCACACUAUAAUAAUUUUUAUUUAAAAAAAUUGUGCUAAUCGUGAAAGCCCAUGAAUGUCGGAUCUCAGUAUAAAUAAAUAAUAGUAUUAAUUUGAACCUGCUGAUAAUAUUUUUUUUUCGUCUAUAAGUUUAUUUGUUAAUCCAGCUCUAUUUUAAAUUGAGAUCCCUUUAUAGAAAAUCAAAUACGUAUUUAGCUUGACUUAGAUAAGUUACUAGUUUAGACCCAAAACGAAUACCGUAGUAAAACCCCCAAAAUUGUACCGGUACUAUAAUUCUUUGCUAUUUUAGAAUAAUUUCUAAAUGAACUGGAUAUCUAUAUAUGAAAUUAUGAUAUUCAUAAGUGAUAUUGUUGUUAACUUUGUAGCAAACUCUAUGUGACGCAUGCCCAAUGCGAUUUGUUACAAUUAUGAAAAAAAUACUUUGUAGAUAAAAUACCCCGUUAUAGUUUAAAGACCUUCAGCCCAAGCAAAUAUUGUUAUUUUUUGUGUUUUUCAGAUCAUAGUUUAUCUAAGGAGUUUAAGAUUUAUUAUAUUUGUUUCAAUAAAUGUUUUGAUUUA